CUCUAAAUUCCUCCUUCGCGCUAUAAAUACCCUCAAUUUUCCACUUCAUUUCAUAUCUAUUAGAUUUUUGUUUUUGUUUCGUUUUUUUUUUCUAAAUUUUAAUUUUGUUUGUUGCCAUCUCUGCCAUGUCAACGGCGGUGGAGAUGGAGCAAUUGACGUCGGGAGCAAGCAACCGGAUAAUCCCGGUCCUGAAAACCCUAAGAAUCCCUCUUAUUUUCAUUCGAUCAAUGAUAUUGUGCCUCCUCGUCACCCUAUUCCCUCGACGCCGGCACUCUCAGAGGGUGGUCGCUGCCGUUGAAAAUUCAUUUGCGGCAUCCCCUUCGGCAGCUAAAACCGCAAGGCGGAGGUCGGUAUGGAGGUCUGAAGAGGAGGACACCUUGAGAAGGAGAGCUUUGGCGGAGACUUUGGACAUGGGGUUUGAAACAGGGGACGGAGAGAUUCAGUGCCGGUGGAGCGCGUCUCUGUUCUUCCGGGUUCGAAGAAAUGCUUUGUUUUGCCGGUCUUGGUUUCCGGCUACCGAUGAAUUAAAGGGCAUUUUGAUUAUCAUACACGGGCUGAAUGAACACAGUGGAAGAUACGUUCAAUUUGCAAAGCAACUAACCUCUUGCAACUUUGGUGUAUAUGCCAUGGACUGGACAGGUCAUGGUGGAAGUGAUGGAUUGCAUGGAUAUGUUCCUUCACUUGAUGAUGUGGUUGCGGAUACUGGAGCUUUCUUGGAAAAAAUAAAAUCGGAAAACCCAGGUGUGCCUUUGUUCCUUUUUGGUCAUUCUACUGGUGGUGCUGUGGUUUUAAAGGCAGCUUCGUAUCCUUAUAUUGAAGAAAUGCUGGAGGGAAUUGUUAUGACAGCUCCAGCUUUACAUGUUAAGCCAGCACAUCCCGUUAUUGCGGUUCUUGCACCUCUUUUUUCUCUGGUUGUCCCCAAGUUCCAGUUUAAAGGUGCUAACAAGAGGGGCAUCCCAGUUUCAAGGGACCCUGCCGCAAUGUUGGCCAAGUACUCUGAUCCUUUGGUGUACACUGGUCCAAUAAGGGUCCGAACGGGGCAUGAGAUAUUGUGCAUUUCAUCGUACUUAAUGCGAAAUUUCAAGUUCGUGACAGUCCCAUUCUUUGUUCUACAUGGAACUGCAGACAAAGUCACCGAUCCUCUUGCUUCCCAGGAUUUGUACAACGAAGCAGCCUCCAAGGUCAAAGACAUAAAGCUUUACGAGGGCUUGUUGCACGACCUGCUCUUUGAACCAGAGCGUGAAGAGAUAGGACAAGAUAUAAUUAACUGGAUGGAGACGAGAUUAGAUUCCAUAGCCGAAAGAACACUGGUUCGAAAGCAAUAGAUGUUCUAGAAACAUUGAAAAGCUAUUCAUCUCCAAAGGGUUCUGGUUUACAGUGAAAUUUCUAACCAUGUAUAGGAAUCAUAACUAGUUUGUAGAAAUAUCUUCCAUUUUACAUGGUGAUCUUGUUCAUUUGAUUCUUUCAUUUUAUAUGGUAAUAAAAUUUGUUUCAAUUUUCUUGAACAUCAUUAAA